UAUUCCUGGAUACAUAUUGCAAAUUAGGCUCGAAAGACUUAUAAUUAAAUGACGUAUUCACGCCUUUGAGCUACAACUUGGAUAUAAAGUCCUGGUUGUAAAUUGUAGUCUAAGCGAAAAAUGAUGCUGCUGAUGCAGGUACAGGGAGACCGAGAACAAUUAGGGGCGGUACUUUUAACUCUUUUAUUCCCUGCCCUACAGGCUCCUUAACUUCCCAAGAUAAGCCCUCUCAUUUACUUUUUUACCAGUGGAUCUUUACUACUAAAAUGUCUGGUUAGGAGCAGCAACAACAGCACUUUCUACUGGGCAGCAAAGACCACAGGCCUAAUCUGAUCCAAUCUUUAACGACUGACGUCCCGCGCCCUGAAAGCACCUCGCCUUCUGCCCGCACAGUGACACCUCAGAUCGGUCAAAUCUAUAUUACAGACGUUUUGUCUUUUUGUCGGAUGGUUACAGACUCAACCAAAAUGUGUAUACGUAGCCUAAAUAAUUAACCUGCCCACUUUGCCACAUGAAGACCAACAGGAAGGAUUUGACAAGGAGAGAGCGAACAUGAAGCUCAUUUGCCAUGUCUAAGACAGCGGUGAAGAAGCUGCACUGGCGUUCCAAUGUGCAGGACAGCUUUGUCCCCCUGCUAGGCUCAUCAGGGGAGCUGGGGAUCGCCAUUGGUGGAGGAGCAGAUUAUGGAGAGUUCCCUUUUGUCACGUCGGCUCCGGGGGGCGGACUCACAGUGGGAGAUAUCAUCCUAGAAAUUGGGGGAACACCUGUAUUAGGGAUGACAUUAGGAGACGUCCGUGGUGUCCUCAGCUCCUGCCCCCAUCCUAUUCGCAUCAAAACUGUGUCACCAGGCUCCACAUUGUGCAAGGAUCUCAGGUUGUAUCUGAGUAAGUGUUUCACACCCGGCUCGGUGGACAGCCAACUUCAACAGGUCAUCCGAGAGAACCUCUACCUCCGCGCUGUACCUUGUACAACCAGACAGCCCAGAGAUGGUGAGAUCUCAGGGGUAGACUAUAACUUUGUCUCCAUUGAGGAGUUCUUCUCCUUGGAGGAGUCGGGAGCGCUGCUUGAGAGUGGCAAAUUCAAAGGGAAUUACUAUGGUACGCCUCGGCCUGUUCACAUAAGCACAGAGAGCCCGCCCAUCACCUACCAGGAACACUGCAACCUACUCAGAAACUUCCGCACCCGCAGCAAAUCACUCAGCAACCUGGAGAAGGCUGUAGAGGACUAUGAGAACAGCGAGGACGACUCAGGCCUGUCAGGAGACUCUGCAGGUCAUAGCAGUAGCAUCCCUACUGUCCGCCGGUCCCCCGGUCGGCCCCGGGCAUCCAGUAACAGCGGUCAUGCCAUAGAGAACGGGAUCAUCAGCAGCAGAGGUGGUGCCAGGGUGAGAGGUGUGACGCCUGAUCGCUGGGAGCAGGCCUUCAGCGACCCUGGGGAGUCUCUCUACAUAGAUCGCAACCUGGAUAGGACCAGCUGGCAGAGCCCUCGAGCCUCAAGCAGAGAGACUGUCUACAGAAAUGAAUGGUUCACAGACCAGCCUGAGGAGCUCAGGGGUUUCCCUGUACACACACACUUGACCAAGGGCUCCAGAGGGUUUGGCUUCAAUAUUGUGGGGGGCAGCAGGCCAAGAGAGUUACUCCAGGUCUACAGUGUGACUGCAAGUGGGCCCACAGCACUCAAGACAGCUGACAUCCUCGUGUACAUCAAUGAGGUUUGUGUGCUGGGAGUGUCUCACAAAGAGGUGGUAGAAAUGCUCAAGUCGGUGCCUGUGGGCCACAGCGUGGAUGUAGAAGUUAGAAGAGGGUAUCCCAUGCUCUACAACUCCGAUGGUUGUCCCAAGCAGCCCCCGCCAAGGCUACUGGACAGAGGAGAGCCCAUCCUACCGCCCACCACCACCCAGCCUCAGUCUCUUCAUCAGCUACCUCGCCUCCCGACACCCACUCCCCAGACCCAGCACUUUAACUAUAAUGGGGUCCACAGUGAUGGGGGCUUCAUGGAACCAGGGGUUCCUCAAGAUGGUAAUGGAAAUUCCACAUCUUUCACGAUCAGACAGCCGCCCUCAUACAGACGCUCCACUAUAAGCGACAUUGCUUCCUCUUCCCCCGUGCGCCCACCUCGUUCCCUGAGAAGCUUAGCCAGACUACAGUCCCUCGACCCAACCCUGGCGAGCCAGAGUGACAGCGAAGUCGUUUCUGCGAUUGGUUCACACAGGGCAUCAGUGAUUCGUAAUCACAACAACAACUCCCUCUCAGCACCCUCUCAUCCUUUACACUGCGGCACAUCCAAGUCAUCUGAGAGUGACCUAUCGACCGGCACCCUAUCAGGGUCCAGGCUGCCCCUGCCUCAUUCACCCAGGAGACCCCCGUCGUCCCUGGGCGAGCCCCACAGAGCUUACGCUCGCCUCUUCAGACCACAGACCUCCCACCUCAGACCUCCUCUGACCCCUGACAGCCCUAUUCAUCUUUGCUUCAACACUUUCCACAGCAACACCAGCCCCGCUGCAAGUCCCAGCAGUGUGUCCUCUCCUGGGGCGAUGAGUGUGGGCAGUGGAGUUGGCAGCGGAGGAGAGCUGGUACCAGUGGCCUUGGCUCAGACUGAAGGAGACAGAGGCCUUGGCUUCAGCAUGACGGCUGGCGGUCUGGGAGGCAGGAUGACUAUAGUGAAAAGAGUCUGGGAUAGGAAGCAGUGCAACUCUCUGCAGCCAGGGGACGCUAUUGUCAAAAUCAAUGGAGCUGAUGUUCAGAGCCUUAGCCUUUUACAGGUACAAAAAGUUCUCCAGGAACACACCAAACAGGGAGAAGUCGUCUUACUGGUUUACAGAGGAGGUAUCUAUCAUCCAACCACCUCUCCUGGCUCCGUUAAGAGACUCCCCUCACCUCUGCUCCACCCCCCUCCUCCACCUGUAGGCUCAGACAACUCCUCUGUGCUCCCCGAACCACUGCCUAUGACCCGUAUUUCAGUCAGUAGCCCUCCCUCCCCAGCCCUGACGUGUUGUUCAUUGAUCCAGAGCACUAGUUUCUUGGAGUCGAUUCCAGUGACCCUGACAAUGGAGCCCAAAGACUGGAUCAGCACGGGCCUGGAGGAUGAGGCGGGCAGUGUCACAGUGCCUGAUUCAGUUCCUCAGAGGCAGGGUCAUGAACGAACGCGGCCGCUCCAGGGAUUUGAAGUGGAGUUGAGGAGAAAGCCAGCAGAGGGCUUUGGGUUUGUUAUUGCUUCUCAGGAUGUGGAGAAUGGCAAAGCUGCUUCUCUUCUCCCUCAUCGGUUUGUGACUGUCCGUCGAGGCAGCCCAGCAGCCAAGAGUGGGCAGAUCCGGCCCGGAGAUCGAUUAGAGGCAGUAGAGGGACGCUCAGUGGUGUCUCUGCCUCAUCGGGAGCUUGCACAGAUACUGCGCCGAGUGGGGAAUACUAUACGCCUCACCGUUGUCCCUCGUCCCAGCACCUACUCUUCAAGCCUUUCAGAAACAACUGAACAUGACCCUGGUCAAAGAAGCAGAAAAGCUCUGAAGUCACGUCCAAAGCGUGACUCCAGGUAUUACAGUGUAGACCUGGACCGUGGCCCCUCAGGCUUCGGUUUCAGCCUCCGAGGGGGCAGUGAGUACAACAUGGGCCUCUACGUCCUGGGACUGAUGGAGGGGGGGCCAGCCUCACACAGUCACAAAAUGCAGGUGAGCGAUCAGCUGGUGGAGAUCAAUGGGGACAGUACAGCCGGGAUGACCCACAGCCAGGCUGUUGAACAGAUCCGCAGGGGAGGCCAUCGCAUCCACCUGGUCCUCAAGAGAGGAAACGGCUACGUGCCUGACUAUGGCCGUAAGCACAGAAUUGCCUCCCCCUCCCUGCUGCAGCACCCCAAGGAGCAGGGUUUGGUUGCAGUAGACUCCACUGGGUGGAGGGGGCGCAGCUCCAAGCAGAAAAGUAGAAGCAGGUCUUCAAGUCACAUGAAAGGAAAAGAGCCAAGAAGGAGAAGACGACGACGACGAGCCUCAGGAGGAGAGAGGAGCCCGGGUUUACAGUCCCCCAUCUCUGAGCAGGGAGCAAGAUCUCAGGAAGCCAGGGGAAGGAGAAAAAGAGGGUUUCAGAGUUUACCUAGAGAUGACCUCAGGAAUUAUGAUGAUAGUGACUUGGAGCAGGGAACAGAGAGUGGAAGAAAUAGGGAGAGGGGGAGGAGUAGAAGGAGAGGGAGAAAAAGCAGGAGCGAGGAGAGGGUGAAGACCACAGAGGGUGAGGAGGAGUCUGUAGGACCUGCUGAUGAGAAGAGGGUGGAAGAAAGGGCUGAGGAGGUGCAGCAAGGAGUGAAUGUAGAGAGAGAAGAGAGUAUUAUCCUACCCAUUCCAAGUCCAAAUCGAAAGCUUCCCAGACCCAACCAGAAGUUGGAGGUGACGUCUGUUGUAAACUGGGACAUAGCAGCAGAGUACAGGGAACUGAGGAAAGAGAUGGAGCCGGACAGUGAGCAGGAGCCGGACAGGUCAUGGGAUAGUGACCGAGGUGAAAUUAUAGAGACAGGGCUGAAUGAUGAUGAGAGAGGCGAUGGCGCACAGAGCAGGUACAUCGAGAGGCCUUUACCAAGUGUGAUAGAUCUAGUGUCACAGAUAAGGAACUUCUCCUUCCUCUCCCCAGCACUGUCCAUAGAGCAGCUGGUGGACAGUGAGUCAGAGCCUGAAGGCAGCCAGUCUGACAGCAGCGUGUCCGCUGACACUGUCUCAAGCCUUUCUCUGCCUGCCAUUGAAGAGGGCGAGCACAGGGCGGCAGCACUGCCAGGCCCUUGGCUCAAACCCAGCCAGCAGGGGGCGGCUCAGGUUCUAGAGGGGAGCAGGCGGACAGGGCCAGGGGAGGGAGAAGCGCUGUCUCGUGACUUUUGACAGGAUAGAGCAUGCAGCAGCUGAAUGAUACUGUAUCAGAUCCUGCUACACUGUUAGACCUUGACUCGAUUUCUGCAGCUACCCACACUACCAACAUUUCCUCUAAGCCACUUUGAUAUCUCCAGUAGUAUGAAGUCAUAUUCUUUGUGCCUUUUUACUGUUGACUUCUGGCUGGUGUUAAAUAUCAAUGUCACAUUUUAACUCACCAUCAUUUCUUUUUUGCUGGUCAAACAGCAAUGACUUGUCUUUGUUUCUGAGAUACUCUCUUCAUAUUGGACUCCCCUCAUUAACAUUUGAUAGACGUUUCCAGGACAACAAGGUAUUUCUCUCACUCACUUUACUGCUUCUCUUUGGCUACUUCACCAGUGUCGUGUCCCCCCCCCACUGUAAAAAGACUGCAUAGACAUUCACUUAUACCUCAUGAAGAUACUAAGCAAUAAUAAUCAAUGCAACUAUCCAAGACUAUCAGCCAUCAUGUCCACUGCACCACAGCGGAAACAGUGUAACAUGUUUGUUCCUUAUCGUCUUUGUCUUAUGUGGACACUUGCAACGACUUGUAAUGUUGUUAUGUAUAACUGAAUAUUUGAUUGCGAUAAUGCAAAUCCCUUUUGACAGCAGGUGUGAAAUCUAUACUCUGUAAAUAUUUGUAGAGAAAUAAAUGAACCUAUUGUAAAUACUAAGCUAACUGGAGCCAAGCCCUGAUUUGUAUUACUGAAGUGUAAUACAUAAUGAUAAGUCUAUAUAGGCUAAAUAAAUAUAUGCAGUAUAUCUAUACAUUAUACUCAACAGCUACCUGUUCAUAUGAUCAGUUAUUGUGUGAUGAAAAAUAAUGUGAAAAUUGGUAUAUACAGCUCAAAAUGUAAACACAGUCUAACAACAAUAUUGUACCUGUCCUAUUCAUAAAUGAAUGUUUUGUAAUGUUCUGCUUGAGUGUGGAUUAGGAUACUUGGUGGUACCCUACGUCAGACGUCAGCAAAAGAUGCCAAAAAUAUGCAUCCGGUGUGCAUAUUUCAAGUACUGUUAAUAUCGUGUAUGUGAGGUUAGUACAAAACCACUGUCUGGAGUCUAGAGCGUGCUGUGCUCAUUGUGCCACGUACAGUUGCCUUGGUAACAUAAACUACUUUAUCAUAACCACAGAUUUUUCUUACUGUGAAAACCCUUGCUCUGAGGUCUCUGAUAAAAGAGGUGGGCAGGCCAUUUAGUAAUUUUAGUCAUGCCAAAAAAGGGCCCCUGCUGUAAUUCCACAAAAAAUAAUAAGUCUCUGCAGAAUUUGAGCUCAGUGUUGAAUCUGCAGUGCAAAAUCACACACCAUUUUAUUUUCCUCUUUGUUUUAUUUUUAAUUCUGUUAUGGAAAACCAGAAGCCAAGCUGAAUGGAUACUGUGAGAUGUUAUUUUUCUAUGAAAUUAUCUUUUUUGAAAUACUCAGGUUUUCAGAUACUUUGCUCUAGAUAGGCCAUUAGGAGGCAACGCUGCAGAGGGACUUCAUUUUCAUAGGGCAGAGUGGAUUAUUUAAAUGUUAACUCAGCAUCACUUUUAUUCUUAAUGGCAGCACUUGGAGACACAGACUGUUAAACCUCUUUUUUACCAGUCCAUAAUUAUCUAAAGGUCGACGCUCUAAGUGAAGCCAUUCCUUCGUUUGUACCCAUCACGAACAAACCAUAAGACUGAAAAGAACUGCUUGGUGCGCUCUGCCCAGUUUUUUGCAUUGCUGUGCUGCCCAGAAGUGGUAGUGCUGUGACCAACCCAACAUACUGUAGCCUAUUCCCCAAACAAUAACCAUAGAGAGUAGCUAGGUACUCGAUGUCAGACUUAUUUUAUAAUGUUUGCUAAUGUUCUUUCUUUAGACUUUAAUUUCCUAAGGGGUUAUAUGGCUGUAAACUGUAAACACAUUCUCAUAAAACUGCAAAUAAAG